AUGCGUUCUGGCGUGCAGACUGUUUGGUUUGGAGCCAGCUGCGCCGCUGUCCGCAGCUAUUUUUGGACCGUCUCGCUUGUUUUCUCCGCCGCCGGCUCCUCGGUUCGCUGCGACUUUUUCUAUCCAUCACAAAACGGCUUCCGUCCCAUUGAAGUUGGUUCCUAUCCGAUUCCGCCUCAUUCCUCGUGUUAACGUUACCUUUUUCUUUAUAAGAUAUCCUCUUAGAUUGUCUCAGAUUUCGACUUUCAGACACUAGCAUUUUUUCUAUAACCAAAAAGGCGAUUCCACUCGAAACUUUACACUCCUCCGAAAAAAAGGUUUUGAAUUGUGAAACCUGUAAAAUCUAUCAUUUUCCAAGAGCGCAAGAUACGAGACUUUGGUUUCUGGUGAAGAAAUGAUAAUAAUUUGAAAAUACCGAUUCCAAAAAAAAAAGAGUCUGCUCGUUACAGCUUUAUCUUUGUAUCUUUGUCUUCAGAGAUUUUUUUCAGCUCAUUUAGGGACAAUUUCGAAGUUUUCUGCCCUUUACUGUGUUUCUGUAGAAUUCUUUUUUGCAAUAGAAAUUGUUUUGAGAGUGUGGUGUGAUGUUUUGAUUCUGCACAACUUGAAAGUUAUUUUCCCAGUGGUUAUCUUAAUUUCUUAGUGAGAUGAGUGCCAGACAUAGCAUCUAAUAGUUGGGGAGAAAGUCCGGGAAUCCACCUGUGGGAGGACAAUUAACGACGCCUUCUUCGCCACCCGGAAUUCGUCUUCGCUUUCUUUUCUUCUUCUUUGGGCAGAAAGAGAAUGGAAGAAAGCGAACGCUCCUCCGCGGCGUACAAUCAAGAAGUCACCUUGCGGAGGAAGAGAAGACGUGGCUAACCUCUCCCCUCUUGGAAACCUGUUUUCGCUUUCCUCGAUAUCCGUUUCUUGAAAGGACCUUUGUGUUUGAUCAAGGGAGGUUCUCGUAGAAGUUGGCUAUUGUAUUUUCGAAGAUUUACCGGACGAGGAAGCUAGAAAAGUUCAGCUUUGGUGACUUACUUCUCGGAUAACACCUUUUUUGAGAUUGAAGGCCGAUGGAAGUUGUUUUCUGUAGUGCGUUUUACAGAAUGAGAAAAAUGAAUAAAUUUUAAAUAGAAGCCAUAAAGUUUACUUUUAAUGACGAAAGGAGUGGGCAAGGACUUGAGUUAAACUGAAAAAAGUCUUUGCGGAAAAGCGCGUGGAGAGCGAAAACCGUGUAGCAAAAGUGGGAAACUUCGAAACUGAUCGAUACGAAACGUAUUUUUUCCAAGACGGCUAUACCUUUUUUUUUUUACAAAAAACCAAGCCUAUCCAACACACUGAAUGAUUUUUCGACCUUCUGCCUAAAGAUGCUCCAAAUGACGCUUGGGCGCUGCCGUCCAGUCGACGAAAAGCCCAAGUGACGCAAAACUGGUUUUCGUCCGGACUCUCCCUUUUUCGGUCGGAGAGCGGCUGCGCUCAACGUCGAAAUGGAAAUCGCCACCAGCAAGGGAAACAGGUCCAAACUGGGUCAGCGAGGGCGAUUUUGCCCAAUACCAUUUUGCACUCUUUUCUCUCACUCUCUUACCUAUUUUUUAUACGUUCAGCUUUAUCCGUUCUGCUCCCUUUGUCUUUUUGGCCAGUUUUUGAUCAGUCCGAAAGGCUCGUGUUCCGAUUUUUCAUUUCACUGCAUUUCGGUCAAUUUCGUUUGCUCGAGCUGUUUUUCUAUUCGAGCUUCUCCUUUGGCUCCUUUUUUGGUGUAUGACCUUUUUUUUAUGCUACCGCGUUUGGCUUAAUCUUUUUUUAUAACUUUUUUUUUUUGAAUAAUCUCUUGUCUUUUUCUCUGUUUUUCCUUGAUUUAGCUCUUCUCAUCUACUUUCCGAAUUUCAUAAAGGAAGUUGAGAUUUUAGUAUUAACUCAAAAUCAGGUUUUCUAGGAAAUCUUGAGCUGAUUUCAGUACUACCAUUUUUACUUAUAUCUGGUCGGUCACUUUCUUGGAUCUAUUAUCCUAAUCUUUUUUCGACAAAACAGGUCUUUCAAAACUUUUAAACAAAUUUGAAUGCUUCCAAAAAUACAUGUCAAAUCUUUAUUCUGCUCAAAAAUCUUUGCUGAGGUGUAGAAAAUAGGAUAGACCAACUUCAUGAAAGUUUUGAAAUGGAGAUCGUUUUGAACGUCUUUUUUCCAUCCCACAACAGUCGUGCUAUUAUGAACAUCUAGAUAGUUUUGUAACAGAUCAUUUUCUUUCAAAAAAAGGCAAAUAAAGAAGAAGCGAUCUUUUUUUCUGUUAUUCUGAUUUUCCGUCUUUUAUCAGCUUGCCCUAUCGUAUCCAAUGACCUACCGUAGUGACCUUCUUUACUCAGCUUCGCGGCGCGAGGAAUGGACGUCGACUCGGCUUCUUCGUCGCCGUCGUCGCGGCUCUCCGUCGUUUGCAGUGCUUCCGCCGAGUAUUCCUCCAAUUCCUCCGAAGGAUCUUCGCCCAACUCCCGCAGGUUUGUAAAAUUGGCUGUUUCAAUAAGCGUCUCGGUUUUACUCAACACACAAAACUGAUUGAGACGCAGAAAGUAGAAACUGUAAAUCAAAAUUCGUACAUCUUCUGAUAACUGUAUCGAUCAUUUCUCAAAGUUUGUAUGAAUAUUGAAAAUGUCUAUUUAUAGAAAUUCGAUGAAUGAGACGGCGAUGAAAGACGACCAUUACUGGGAACGGCGACGGAAGAACAACGACGCCUCGAAAAGAAGUCGCGAAAAGCGGAGGCUCAAUGACUUGGUCUGUCGCUGUGGGAGAAGCCGACCAACGGAGUUUCAGGCGAUGGAGGAACGGAUCCAAGCGCUUUCUGCGGAAAACGAACGGCUCAAGUCGCAGCUGGUCACUCGCGACACGGUCCUGGUGACGCAGCCGCCGGCGCCUCUCCGCGAAUUCGCGUCGCUGCCUUCGCAGAGCAGCACUGUCCUGCUCGCUGGGCCUUCCAAGGUUAAUUCGAGCGAUGUCAAAAACUUACUAUCUAUUUCACUCUUGAAUACCAAGCCAGAGCUUUUUUUCACCGCUUUGACACUAAUUUGAAGUUUCAAAAACUGUCUUGAACGCAGAAAUCGUAGCAAGUUCUAGAAAAUUAUGAAGUUCAGAUUCAAAUGGCUUCACUUGCCCUAGGGAGUUGCAGUUGAGUCCUUUUAGUUUAAGUCUGAACCAAAAAAAAAUUUGGUUUUUCAUAACCUGAGAAAGCCACGCAUAUCUUGAGACUUAUGGAAAAAAAGUUUCAUAUACAAGUAGAGGCUCAAAAAAAGAAAUCAAGUUUUUGCAACUACUUCAUGUUUUAAACUUUGUUUUAACAAUUUGAUUCAAAGUCAUUUUCAAAAAUUUUCUCGGAAAAAAACCAAAAAAAAAGCGAAGGUUUCUGAAGUAUGAAGCCGGUUUUUGAGCUUUUUCCCUAGACAUUUUCCAAUGGUCCUUUGCAAGUUAGUUGAUUGUUGUAAACACUGAACGCGUCGAAUCGGUUUCUCUUCCUUUUUUUGCCAUCAUCUCGAGGAAUCGCAAAUCGCCGUGUUUCUCCGCGAACGCCAUAGGCGAAUCUCGAGAAAGCGACUUUUCUUGUCGCUUUAUGCGUUGCGUCUUCCUUCGGGAAAGCGAAAGUUCCACUCUCGGCUAGUAGAGAUCGAAAAAGAAAAAAGAAAACUGGCUUUGCGUGUUAGCCUCGCAUAAUAUGAACCGUUGCAUCAAAAGGCGAGAUCCGAUUUUUGCGAAAUAUUUGUGAAGGAUGCAAAAACAAUUAGAGAGCUGAUUUCAGGACGUCAGCCUUAUUUUUUUUGUCAGAAGUAUCCAAAUAAAAUUCAAAAGUUGCACAUAUUGUGUCUUUUGUGAUGUUCCUUGCUAUCAAAGGUUUCUUACCAAAUUUCCUAUUUAAGGAAAAUGUUUUAAUGCCCAUGGCUAUAUGAAAGCCAUUGAUUUGCGAUAAUAUCGCUUUUUGAAUCGAAUUAAUCGAUAAAACAGUUGUGCUAUUUUUUCUUGAACUUCUGAGAUACAGGAUUCAAGUAAUCAAGUUUUUUUUUUUCUGAUCAUGAGAAAAAUGUUUUUUGUAGGUUCUAGAGAGAAAGGUCAUUUUACUUUUUCAUUUCAAAUCGUCAGACUUUUUGAAAACCUUUGAAGUGCAAGAGAAAGGAAUAGUUUAAAAGUUUUUCAAGUAUGAAAAAAGGUGCUUCGAGAUCAGAUGAAAACUAUUUCCAAACGGUGGAAUUUGGUUAUGUGGCUUCGAGAAUUUUCGAAAAACUACUUAUUUCCUUGCUUUCUGUUAACGAGAAGGGCGAUGAUCGUUGAAACUUCUUAGGACAAAACUGAAUUGAAUUCUUUCGAAAAUAGUUGUUCUGAACCUAAAUAUUUCAGGCAAUGUUCCCAGCUUCGGCGAUGUCUACGAUGCCAAGCCUGACCGGCUCAGGACUGCUCCCACUCCUUCCUUCCAACUCCCAGUUGCCGAUGCUCCAGCUCUGCCAGUUCCAAGCCGCCAUGCAACAACAGGUUCUUACUAUCCCACUUUUCGCUUGUAAGCUUCGGUAAUAACGCGUCGCUUGUCACCGCCACAGCAGGUGCUGGACAUGGUGCAGUCCUCACUGACCUGAUUCUCGUAGGGAAACCGUUUCGAAGAGCUGCAGCAGCUGUUCCGAACACAUCUGUCUCGACGCGGAUUGAAAUCCAGGCAAAAUCCAAAACGGUUUCAGUUGAUGCCGGCGACCCCAACGACGGCCUCUCCGCCUUGCGUUUUCUCUUCGACGUCCGCUUUCCAGCCGUUCCGCGGAAAAGAGCAGGCCCCCACCGCCGCCGCCACCAGCGUCAUCAUGAAGGCCGAGCGAAGCAGUCCUGACUCCUCCAGUGACGUCAUCGACCCAAAUGGUUGGUUUCCAAGCUAUCCCUGACCAAUAAAGUUCUGAUCAUGAAGACUUUUAGUUUCCGUAAGAACUCUUUAAGACCAGGUAUUCUCAUUCACAAAAUAUUAUUGAUUUAUUGCGCAUUAAAAAGGAUUUGCUCGUCCAUUCCGCUGAUGAUUCCAAGCUGCAAGAAAUCUCCGAAAACUUUGCCUCCGCUAAAAAAACUUCAUUCGUUACAAAACGUUCUUUCUGUGUAAGCGUUUUUUUCCGAAACAAUAUUGCUUUGUUCGCGCAUAAAUAUAUUUACCGAUCUGUGAAAAAAAUGAUCGAGGCUGGAAAAAUUUCUUGUGGUGAGUGCACAGUUGAUAUUUCAUAAAUUUUGGAAAAAGAAUGGAUUUCAUCAUUUUUUGAUCUUUUCAACGAGGUUUUUCGUAAAAAAUUUUUACAAGGGCUUUUUGUAAAGAAAACGAGAAAUUCAAAAUUUUCAAUUUUCUAACUUUCCAUCCGGCGUGGUUGUGUACUUAUUCCCUGAAAGGGCUGCAAAAAUUUGAGAAUUUCGUUCACUACAAAAGGAGUGAUUUGAGAAAAGUCCGCUAUAGUAAUUACCGACUAACCAACCAAGCUUCGGCGUUUUUAAAAUCAGUCUGACAAAGCCAUGAUCGAAGUAUUUUCAUAAAUUUGCUAUGUAAAUUUCUAACAAAUUUUUCAAAAUGAAAACUGGAAAAAAGGGUUUUGAAGAAGUAAAACAUGAAGCUUUUUUCGUAUAAAGUAAGUAAAACAUUAUUAAUCGAAAACAUGAAAUUUUGAAACCUCCUUUUCGCCCUAACUUCAAUGGUUUUCAGUUCAAUUGGCCCAACGUCUGCCACAGCCGCCGCAGCCGUCUUCUUCGAACUCGUUGCUCUCGGCGCUGCUCGCCACUCGCCGACCUUCUCCAGCUGUCCCUCAAAGUCGCACCGAGCACAUUUCCGGCCUCAACUCUCCUCCCAGGGUUUGUCAGUCCCGAUCGGAGCUCCACCAUCUCGAUGUCAGUGUCAGAACUCGUGCUCCAAGUCCGACUGCGAGUCGAUCUCUUCGUCGGCCUCCUUGUCACCGUCCCAUUCUUCCGAAGAUCACGCCGAUCAGCUCAACGGCAGUUUUGCCGACAAAUCGGUCCGUUUUCGAAGUAAAUCAGUAAAAACACAAGAAGAGAAAAAAAAAAUCAUCUAUAAAGGAAAAUUGAGUUCUCUCUCUUUACUCUAUUGGAUAGGUGUUUGAAAGCGCAAAAUGGGGCCCAUAUUAAUCAUUUCGUCAUACGACACUGUGAAGAAAUUGUUUCGAUAGGGAAUAUAUUCUAUAGGGAAAAGAGCCAAAUCUUCAAAAAGUAGCUUAACGCUGUUUUUUUUUUCUAAUAUUUCCUUUGUGACACUAUGCUGCUCAAUAUCCAAUUCCAGAAAAUUUAACGAAAAAGAAAAAAGUUUUAGCCGCAGUACAUCGACAGAAGAAGAAGGAACAACGAGGCUGCCAAAAGAUGCAGAGCAAAUCGUCGGGCCGUUUUCGAGUACCGAAGUCGACGUGUUCAGGUUGGUUUGUCGAUCCGAGUUGAAUUUUCAGUUAUCACGUAAGCCCGAAAUAAAAAUGGAUAAAGCCAAAGUUGCUGCACUCACAAUCAUGUUUCUUUUUUACACCAGUUUUUUUUUCACUCUUUGCUAAACUUUGCGUGUCGGGUCCCCGGGGCAUCGCGUGGCGCCCCGUUGGCAGCUCUGAAUCAAACUAUUAUCAAAGUGGGUUCAUCAAUUUAGAAGUUUGAAGGCAAAGAUCAGUGAAUCUUAGCUUCUUUUCCAUAUCUUUUUUCAAAAAAAAAAACUAUUUUGUGUACUCAAUCAGUCCUGCCAGCCUCAAGUCCCGCAAGUUCAUAAUUAUCGAAUGAAAGACUUCAAAUUUCAACCUAUUGCACUCGAAGUUUGUAGCUCACAAAAAAUAGUAAUUUUGAGGAUGUUGUAGUACAUCGAAAGGAUUGGCUAGUCUGAUUUUAGAAGCAUUUUAUGUUCAGGAUAGAGCGCCAAAACCAAAGAUCACAUAUUUUCUGUGUAGUUUCGCUAGUGGCUUCAUUCUUUGACCGAUUCCCGCGAUCGAGAACCUGUACGCGCAAUUUUACACAUCGAAAAGUCAUCGAAAUGGAAAUUUUUGAGUGAAGAGGACUCUGUUGUUUUUUGUUAAUUUCGUUCCUUGCGAACUCGUUUACAACUGAGGGCCAAUGAAGAAAAAAAAAGUGGUCGUCGUCGGAAAAUUGUGUUGGUUUUCAGCUGCUGGAGGGCGAAAACGACGAGCUUCGACGGCAGAUCGAGUCGCUGAAGCAAGAAGUCGCGCAGUUCAAGGCAAUCUUGGCCCAACGUGCUGCCUCUCACCCGUAA